UCCACAGGGUAACAACCAUGCUAACCAAAGAAGAAGAAAAACCCGGAAAUAGGCGCGUCAAAUGUUCCACAGUCAGUUUAGUCGACACAUGUGCUCAUCUUUAAUAUUCAUCACUUUUUGGUUUUAAUUGAGUAAUAAAGGUGAACAUGAAAGCAGCUGCCCUCUAGCGAGCUGAAGGAUGCUGAGUGACUCCCAGGCUGCAGAGCUGCUCUCCUUCCUGGCCCCUGGCACACGGCCCGAUGUCAAAGGUCACGCCAGCAGCUACCUCCUGGGACUGUCAGGAAACAGGGAUGGCUGCCGUUUCCUGCGCUCGAAACCGGAACUCGUUGCUGCCGUUUUUGGACUGACCUCUGACCCCUCCAUUGCCAUAGUCAAAGAUUGCUACUACAUCCUGAUCAACCUGUCAGCUGACGAGACUCUGCACCAGGUGCUCAUGAAGGACGUCCGUGUUAUCCCCGUGCUGCUGAAGAAUUUCAUGGAUCCAGAAUUCCCCUUUUCUGAUCAGAUCUGCACCUUCCUGUCCAACCUGACUCGCCACGAUAAGACGUGCAAGACUGUGUUCAAGCUGCUCCAGGAGGAUGUUGGACUUGCUAAGCUGGUGGAUGUCCUCUGCACUGAAGGCUACAACAAAAAUGCCAAGUUCCACUACCUGGCUGCUCUGCUGUCCAACCUCACCCAGCUGCCCGAGGCCAGACACUUCCUGAUGGACAGAGACAGGUGUGUCAUCCAGCGGUUGUUGCCCUUCACACAGUUCCAGGAGUCAGUGGUGAGGAGGGGCGGAGUCAUCGGUGUCCUGCGCAACUGCUGCUUUGACCACGCCAAUCACGAGUGGUUGCUAAGCGACGCAGUGGACAUCCUGCCCUUCCUGCUGCUGCCACUGGCUGGUCCAGAGGAGCUGAGCGAGGAAGAAAACGAGGGUCUGCCGGUCGACCUCCAGUACCUCCCAGAGGACAAGAAGAGAGAAGGCGACGCCGACAUCAGGAAGAUGCUGCUGGAGACUCUGUUGCUGCUGACGGCGACCAAGGCUGGCCGGCAGACUCUAAAAGACAAAAACGUCUAUCCCAUCAUGAGGGAGUUCCACCGCUGGGAGACGGACGCCAAGGUCACGACGGCCUGUGAAAAACUGGUCCAGGUGCUGAUAGGCGACGAGCCCGAGGAGGGCAUGGAGAACCUGUUGGAGGUGGAGAUCCCCGACCACGUGGAGGAGAAGCUGAAGGAAGCUGACGCCAAGGAGCAGCAGGAGCUGGAGGGCGAGGAGAGACGAAGACGUGAGGAGGAGACCACGACACCCGGGACAAGGUCUAAUAUUCAGAUCCACAACUGCGGCUUCACUCAGACCAGAGGUGUCAAACUCAGGGGCCGCGUGGAGGAGAAUCUAUUCCCAGGUGGGCCGGACUGGUAAAAUCAUGGCAUGAUAACUUAAAAGCAAAGACGACUUCAGACUGUUUUCUUUGUUUCUUUGGCCAAAAAUAGAACGAGCACAUUCUGAAAAUGUACAAAUCACCAAUAAUCCUUUUCACAGAACUCUUCAAAUUCUGAGCGGGAAAAAAUGUGUGCGGAUUUGAAAAACACAACGAACUUAGGACUUUGUCUCAGUGUAUAUACAACAGUCUUUUUCAACCACUGUGCCGCGGCACACUAGAUGAUCUAAUUUCACCUAUUUGGGUUAAAAAUCUUUUUUGCAAACCAGUAAUUAUAAUCCGCAAAUAAUGUGUUGUUGUUGAGUGUCGGUGCUGUCUAGAGCGCGGCAGCGUAACCGUGUAAUACUCUUCCAUAUCAGUAGGUGGCAGCCGGGAGCUAAUUGCUUUGUAGAUGUCGGAAACAGCGGGAGGCAGCGUGCGGGUAAAAAGGUGUCUGAUGCUUAAACCACAAAUAAAACAAAAGGUGAGUGCCCCUAAGAACAGGCAUUGAAGCUUAGGGAAGGCUAUGCAGAACGAAACUAAAACUGAACUGGCUACAAAGUAAAGAAAAACAGAAUGCUGGACGACAGCAAAGACUUACUGUGGAGCAAAGACGGCCGUGGUUAUGGUUUAAAGUAGGGAUGUCCGAUAAUAUCGGCCUGCCGAUAUUAUCGGCCGAUAUAUGCGUUAAAAUGUAAUAUCGGAAAUGAUCGGUAUCGUUUUUUUUAAUUAUCGGUAUCGUUUUUUAAAUUUUUUUUAUUUUUUAUUAAAUCAACAUAAAAAACACAAGAUACACUUACAAUUAGUGCACCAACCCAAAAAACCUCCCUCCCCCAUUUACACUCAUUCACACAAAAGGGUUGUUUCUUUCUGUUAUUAAUAUUCUGGUUCCUACAUUAUAUAUCAAUAUAUAUCAAUACAGUCUGCAAGGGAUACAGUCUGUAAGCACACAUGAUUGUGCGUGCUGCUGCUCCACUAAUAGUACUAACCUUUAACAGUUAAUUUUACUCAUUUUCAUUAAUUACUAGUUUCUAUGUAACUGUUUUUAUAUUGUUGUACUUUCUUUUUUAUUCAAGAAAAUGUUUUUAAUUUAUUUAUCUUAUUUUACUAAUUUUUUUAAAAAGUACCUUAUCUUCACCAUACCUGGUUGUCCAAAUUAGGCAUAAUAACGUGUUAAUUCCACGACUGCAUAUAUCGGUUGAUAUCGGUAUCGGUUGAUAUCGGUAUCGGUAAAUAAAGAGUUGGACAUUAUCGGAAUAUCGGAUAUCGGCAAAAAGCCAUUAUCGGACAUCCCUAGUUUAAAGUGAUAUCCAACAAUUGCGACGACUUUUUACUGUCAACUGAGUUCAUUUUUUAAUGAUUUCUGCUGGUGGUGUGCCUCCGCAUUUUUUUCAAUGCAAAAAAUGUUCCUUGGCUCAAAAAAGGUUGAAAAACACUAAUCUACAAAGCCAAUAAACAUGAAGUCACAGCCUAUCUGGGAUUGAACCAAAUAAAUAACAAACUUCUAUGUGUGAAAUACCUCAUUAGUUACACUCACUUUUCUCAUUUUUGACAGGGGCAAUGAGGGGGUCAAAGAACAAUGCCUUCCAAGCAAAAAAAGACUUAAAACUGCAGGUUGUGCGUUUCGUUUGUCCGAAAGUGGGAGCUAAAGCGACGUGAUACUAUAGCACAGGGGUCACCAACGCGGUGCCCGCGGGCACCAGGUAGCCCGUAAGGACCAGAUGAGUAGCCCGCUGGCCUGUUCUAAAAAUAGCUCAAAUAGCAGCACUUACCAGUGAGCUGCCUCUAUUUUUUACAUUUUAUUUAUUUACUAGCAAGCUGGUCUCGCUUUGCCCGACAUUUUUAAUUCUAAGAGAGACAAAACUCAAAUAGAAUUUGAAAAUACAAGAAAAUAUUUUAAAGACUUGGUCUUCACUUGUUUAAAUAAAUUCAUUAUUUUUUUACUUUGCUUCUUAUAACUUUCAGAAAGACAAAUUUAGAGGAAAAAUACAACCUUAAAAAUGAUUUUAGGAUUUUUAAACACAUAUACCUUUUUACCUUUUAAAUUCCUUCCUCUUCUUUCCUGACAAUUUAAAUCAA